UUCUCGGUAGGGAGCAAGGUUUCUCUGUGGCAGCUUUGUUUUAACCCCACUGACAGCAAGGAGCACAUGGGUGGAAGCGGGGAUGCAGGAGCCCUGGGUCUGACCCAUCACCGUUUGUGAUGGUGACCCAUUUUGGGGUGGUGGAGAUGAGGGUGCAGCCCUGAUGCUGCUGUGAGAGGUGCUAAGGGGAUGUGUGUGGUCACCUGCAUCUUUGUGGGGUCUCCAAAAUGGGGGGAUGAGCUGCAGCAAUGCGAUGCUUCCGGGGCUUCAGAGCAGAGUUGUCCAGCAUUGUGCAGGAUGGGCUCACACUCUGUGCUCCAUUCCACUGAGGAACAUCAAACCUGGAGCAUAAAAGCAUUUAAAUCCCAGGGAGGGGAUGUGGGAAAGGGAGCACAGGCAGCCCCAGAUGGCAGCACUGGAUUUGGGGACAAAGCCUGCCCUAUUUGGGCAGCUCAGAGCCUCAGUGCAUUCAGCACAGCCUCUCCUAUAAAUCACAAAUUGUUGUAGGCAAUAAAUGUCACCAGAACUGGUGUGGGCUCAGCUCACUGCUUGCCAUCUCCUCCGAUAGGAAAGCAAUUACCGUUCAUUGUGAUCCUAACGCAGCCAUUUAGGGGAAAAAAAUGUUAAUGCUUCUGAUGGGUUUGGUCUAAUUAAGUGAUAAUUCCCUCUGCCUGGAGCAGAACGUGGCUGCAGUGCAGUGGGGCAUUGGGUCAGCACGUCUGGCAGCUCCUACAGCACAGCGAUGCUUUCCAGGUGAUGCUGGAGAGCCCCAGACAAAGCCUACAUGCAUAAUGGAGAGCUUCAGACUGACCUCGAUCUGCUUUUAAGAGCAUGAAAGGGAAAAACAGCGAAUUCUUGAACUCUCCCUCUGCCAAGGCAGCCGAAUUGAGGCAGAGCUCUGCUGAGCCACAGCUGGGCUGAGUUUGCAGCUCUCACUCUGCUGUUCUUUGCUCAGCAAUCCCCCCAUGCACCCCCACUGCUUUGAGCAACACUCACGUGUUUGUGUGCUGAAAAAAGAGAUUUUUGAGGCAACGCUUUGCUAAAAAACAGAGCAUCAUCCUCGAGGUGCAGCUCUGUGUAAUGAAUGGCAGCACAGAAGCUGUCUGGCACAGCGGUGACGUUGUGCUUCAUGCCAGGGCUGUGCUUUAUCACGGCACACAGAGGUCAGCCUGCAAACCCAUCAUAUGCCUGCAGAUAGGAGCAGGCUCUGCUUUUCUAAUGCACUCGGCUGGAUUUAUCCGUGGCAAUGCACGACAGUUUACCUGGAGAGAAAAUUAAUUAUGCACCAAAGCUGUAGCCCAGAGCUGCUUAAACCUCCCCCCUUUCCCCUCCUCUGUGCUGCUCUGCUGAUGCACAUCAGAGCAUGAGGUGCUGCAGACCGGGGGGAGGAUGGCAGCUGCCGACCUCAUCUGUUUUGUUGCCCCUUUCCCUUUGGCUGCUGGAUGGGAUGCAGCGCUGCUGCUUUGUGCUCCUUCGACCCUGUUAAAUCCGUUGGGUUUUGUGCUUGAAAGUGAUGUGAUUUUGAUGGAUCUCUGUCCACGUGCGCUUUGCUGAUGCUUUUCAUCGCUGUCCUUUGAGUCACGCUUUCAGAUGAAAAGCAGGAGCUGAAGGAGCGUGGAAGUCACCUUCAGUUGGUCCCCACAGAGCAGGCAGUGGGGUGAUGGGAUAACUGAGAAAGUCUUGGGGGCUGCAAAUGGGGACAAGUGGGAACAGCCCCAUCCCAGCUCAUGUGAGUGAGGCAGCAGCCUGCAAGGGCAGAGACAAACCUGGCUUUGUUCUAAUGGACGUUGUUACCCCAAUCUGGGGCACGCAGGUGGAGAUGCUCAGUGCAAAAAGCACCACCCUGCAUGGUGGAUGAGCAGCUGCCUUCCCUCCUCCUGUUUGCCCUCUUUCUGUCUUCCUGUACUAAUUAAUCUCGUCUGCAUUGCUUAAUGGCCGGUCUGGGAGGGGAGAGGAAGGAAGGAGGGUUUGCAGCCAGAGCUGGAGCCUGUCCUCAGGGCUGCUGGCUGGAGCCUGGCGUGGCUCAUCACUGUGUCCCAGCGUCACAAGGGCUCAGCUCUGCAUGAGCUGCUGAGGCAGAUGUGGAUCUGCAGGAUGAGCAGAGCUGCAGGCAGAGCCUAGGUGCCCCAUCAGCAGCAGGUGGAUGCUGACACCAUGGAGGUGGCCAACACCAGGGAUUUCCAAUGGAAGACCCUCGCCCCGCUGCCGAGCCGCCGGGUUUAUUCCACGCUGGUGGAAGUGGGUGGGCAGGUGUUUGCCAUCGGGGGCUGCGAUGACAACGGUGUCCCCAUGGAUUGCUUUGAGGUCUAUUCCCCAGAGGCUGACCAAUGGACGUCGCUGCCCCCCAUGCCCACUGCCAGGGCCGGGGUGGCGGUGGCCACAUUGGGCAAAAGGAUCAUGGUGAUCGGGGGUGUGGGGGCCAACCAAGCGCCUCUGAAGAUCGUGGAGAUGUACAACGUGGAUGAAGGCAAGUGGAAGAAGAGGAAUUCGCUGAGGGAGGCGGCCAUGGGCAUCUCGGUGACGGCAAAAGACUACAGAGUGUAUGCAGCUGGUGGGAUGGGAGCUGACCUACGACCACACAACUACCUGCAGCACUACGACAUGCUGAAGGACAUCUGGGUGUCCCUGGCAGCCAUGCCCACAGCACGGUAUGCAGCCACCUCCUUCCUGAGGGGCACCAAGAUCUACGUGCUGGGGGGAAGGCAGUCCAAGUACGCCAUCAACGCCUUCGAGGUCUUUGACACGGAGACCAGAUCGUGGACCAAGUUCCCCAAUAUCCCCAAUAAAAGAGCUUUCUCCAGCUUCGUGCCCACUGAAGACAAACUGUUCAGCCUUGGGGGCCUGCGGCAGGGCCGGCUCUACAGGCAGCCCAAGUUCAUGAGGACUGUGGAUGUGUUUGACUUUGAGCAAGGUGGCUGGAUGAAGAUGGAGCGCUCCUUCUACCUGAAGAAACGGCGAGCAGACUUUGUGGCUGGCUACCUGAAAAGCAGAGUCGUCGUGGCUGGGGGACUGGGAAACCAGCCGACCGUCCUGGAGUCUGCAGAAGCUUUCCACCCUGAGAAGAACAAAUGGGAGAGCUUGCCCCCCAUGCCCACCCCACGCUGUGCCUGCUCCAGCAUCGUGCUCAGGGGCUGCCUGCUGCUAGCAGUCGGUGGGGUGAGCCAGGGGUUGAGCAGCGCGGUGGAAGCCCUCUGCCUUUCUGAUUCCUAGCAGGGGCCCUGUGGUCCCCUCUGGUCUCCUACAGAGCUGCUGGGGGGGGGGAAACCCAGAGGAAGGGACUGUUUGCAGUGUUUGCGCUGUGUGUCCUGCCAGCAGGAAGGGCUCUGCAGGGUGAGAUGAGGGUGAGCAUCUCCCUGCUGCCACCCAAACCCAGCACAGGUUUGGAGGGAUCAGCCAGGUGAGAGUCGGAGUGGGGAGAGCAGAAGUGAUGCCCUCUUUGGGUGCUUGGAGGUCUGUGUUUUCUCUUUGGUGUGCAGGAAGGGGAACUCCAAAUCUGUAUCCUGGUGCAGGAGAUUGUUCUUUUGCCUUUGUAGCAAGGCUUUUCCUGCAGGCCCAUAGCUGUGACUGUCACUUUGCCAGGAGCUGGAGCAAGGAGCUGCCCAUGCUCCUGGGAGGGGAGGGGGGGAUGAAUGCCCAAAGGACUGCUUUGGUGAGAGGCUGGGUGUUACUUUUGGCACAGGGGUAGCACAAAAAUGCCUUAGCAGGGUUUCACGCAGAGAUGGCCUCCGCUUAGAUUUUAGUUCCUACAAUUAUUUGGGAUCUUCUGUUCAGUCCUGGGAGAAAAGAACAAAAAGGAGCCCUGCCUCCAGAGUACUGGGCAAAGGUUUUCCCAUAGCUUUGAUCUAUAGGGAGGCCGGGGAGCAACAGCCAUGGCUUCUGUUUGGUUUCAUUCCUUCAUAUGGGAGGGUUCGAGCUACCGGCUGACACUCCAAGCUUUGUAGCAUUAUUAAAAGCUGCACCCAGAAAACCCGGUCUGUGCUAUGGGCUAUGACUGUAGGAACAGGCCGAGGCUGAAAAAAGGGGCAAAAAGGGGGGCAGCUCAGGCUGCUGUGCCGGAGCUCAGCGCAGUGUCCCAGCAGGGAUGCGACCCUUCUUCCUUGCAGCCCAUCCCAGCCCCGUUUCGGGGACGGCGGAGCGCGGGGGACACCGUGCGGCCAAAGCCGCCAUCGCAGCGCUCACUGGGGCCUCAGUGAGCCCCGACCCCCCCCCACCCCCGCGGUUCCAUUCUCUCCCACCGGGCCGGGGUCCGCCGGUACCUCCAGCCCUGGUUGGAGCGGACCCGACUGCGGGCUUCGCUGGACGGCAGAGAGCGAGAGGAGCUCCCGAAGCGCAGCUCUGACAGAUCCGAAAAUCUCUUUGUGAUCUCAAAGUGGAGAUGAAAGGGGAAAAAGCAGCGACUCGGCGGCGAACAACCCGCUCGCUAAUGAUUUACAUCCCGCCUGCUUGUCUCUGGCGAGGCGCAAGAGGAGCAAACAGCUCCUGCCCCAUCCCCUGUCGUGUUCCCAUCUGUGCUGUGUUUGUUUAGGCGCUGCGUUUCGGGAGGUUGUGCAAACAGCAGGAGGGAGCUUUGCAUCCAAAACGUUGCUCUGUCUGGGGCGAUUUGGGGCUGGGAGCGCUCACUCUGCAUGCACGCAGCGUGCUGACCCCAGGGUAGCGCAUCCCUUUGAGAAGCAGAGGAUGGCAGGGAGCAAACUCCCUUUCCAGCACAAACCCCUCAUCUCAUGGCACAGCAGAGCUCUGUUUCAGCCGCCUCUGCACAGCUGAGAGCCUCCAACCGUUAACGAAGCGUUUUCCUUUGUCCUUAAGGAACCUUUCCCACACACUGCACGGCCCCGUUUGCUCCCCGUUUUCCCAUCCCCAGGUUAUUGCAGCGGGAUCCGGCCCUGGGCUCCGCGCUGCCUUUGUUCAGCUGGAGCCAAGGGGAGGAGGGACCCGCUGCCUUUGUCUGCCUGCAGCACAGCUGGGGGCUGCUCCUUGGCUUUCUCCUUCCAGAAACGCUGCAGAGCGAGGCAGACAAAGCAGCGCCAUGGGAAUAAACCCGUCGUAGGACUUAAUGAAGAGAUGUCAGUGAGCGGGGACGAGGGGGAGGGGAGGAGGGGGAAGGAUGGAGACGGUCAGUAAUCAAAGCUGGAGAUGUGCCGAGCAUGUAGAGAGGGAGAGAAAGAGGAGCUCCUGAAGCAGCAGCACAGCAAGGAGCAGGUCUGGGUCAGCCGCUUUGUAGCGAAACCCAGCUCUCAUUAACGGAGCCAAUCCCACUGUCUGCAGCCAGCAGCAGUCGCCCUGUGGGGCUCAGCGCUCACCGUGGGAGUGCUUUCCCCAUGGCUGUGUUGAGGAAGGAGCUGCAGAGCCUUCAGACCCUUCCAAUCACCUCCACUGUGCUGUGCUCCCAGCUGACGUUUGCUUGGAGACCUCUGUGUCUGAUGGAGCUGUGAUUUCCCCGUUAAAAAACAUUGUUUGCUGUUUAUCAUUGGGUCAUAAAUGGCUUUGUUAACUCAGAGAGGUAACCGAGGAGUGGGAAGGGACACAUCUGUGGUUACUUAGUGGUGAGAGAUAGGGUGAGUUAUCCCUAUGCCAAGCUCUGCCCCAGUGCAGCAUCACAGCUCUCAGCGUCCAAAGCACAGCAUCUGCAGCCUCCUCUGAGAGCACUGUCCCCUCCCUGGCUGCUCUCAGCUAUGGGAAAUCCCACAUCCAUUCCGUGGGCUGUGAUUCCCUUACAGGAGCAGGGGAAAUCCUGUGGGUUUCUCCACCCCUCAGCAGCUCAGUGCUGGCACUCACUGCUUCCGACACACUGCCAGCCACACGAGUGGGAGGAUUCCAUCUCUCCUCGGAUGGUUUCCACAGCUGCACCUUGCAUCCUGCAGCUCUGCUUUGCUCCUGCUGCUGCGGGAAACAGGAGGCUGCAGGAGGUGAUAAGACAAGAGGGCUGUGCCUGCCUCGGAGGUGACGGUGGGUCAGGGUUGGGGAGCAGGGAGGUGAUUCAGGUGCACUCUCCGUGCGUGGGGUUGGUUUGUGUUUAAGGCACUGCUGUGGGUUUUCGGGUUGAGCAGCGCUGGGCUGUUCGCCUCCCCCUCUGGGUGCUUCACGAACGGCAGAUGGCAUCCAUGGGCUGAGCCAGCAGCACCUGCUGCUGUGUGACCCUGCCCUGCUGCUGGAAGGGGCUCCAAUGGGCUGCCAGGGCUCUGCUAAAGGCAUCCAGCAGAUCCAAGGGAGUUUGCAAGCAACUCCACGUGGGAAAAAAAA